ACUCAUUCACGCUGGGUAGCGGGAUCGGCUCCGGUGGUUUUGCAACGGCUGCUUUCUGGAGCGUGAGCUGACGAACGAUAAGAGAGCUGAGGAGAAGACGGUGCGACAGAGAUAGCUGGGCGGAGGCGAAUAUCAUAAAGAAAAAAAAAGAGAAGGAAGCGAGAAAAGUUGGAGGACAACGUCAAAGGAGGAGCCGUCUCGAGAGUGAUAAUACGAAGGCAGCGGUAUAUCACGAGUACCACGCAGAGACCGCAUACGUAUCCGGCUAGUGUGUCUCAGAAGUUAUCGGGAGCUUAUAGAAGCCAACAUUUACACCCCUACACAAUUCAGCUCCUCUCUUUGCCUCCUCGCACGCGGUGCGUGGAGAUAAGAACGUCACGAACAAUUCGUCGCUCGGGGUAUCUCCCGUAACAACCUCGGCGUGCCGGCAACGCCUCAGCAAGACAGGACAACUCUACGCUGUGGUUGCAUCGUCGAGAACCCACAGGCGAAAACGGCCUCUCCGAAACCAGUAGCUGGAAGGGUGUCUGGGCUCCAAUGAAACCUCCUCUCGGAAAGCUGCUCACCACCAUCAUUGACCGGACGGACGGCGCCGAUGGAGGUUAGGCGGAACCAUAUGGGCCCGACCACGGCCGUCGAUGCAAUCGCCCGACCGCAGAGGCAGCAACGGCAGCAAAAUAAACAAACGGCCAACGCGCAGUCCGCAAGGCUGACUGUAGCAGCGGCGGCGUGGCACCGUAAAAGAGGCAACUGCGGACCGCCGACGCCGCACAGCUCCAGGGUCGCACGUGGCCCGGAGCUGCAACCGCCGCAGCCAUGGCGGCUACCACCACUUUGCGAGACUCGGUCGCGCGCCACGCCGCGACCAUGGCUGCUUUAACCAUCGUAGUGGUACACUUCCUUCUAGUCUUCGUUGUUCUCGGGUGCCCUACCGUUCAGGCGCAUAUAGCCGCUGGCGAGCCGUGGACUCCGUCCAUAACUCCCGAGCUGCUUCUCGCCGACCGUGUCGCGGUUGGACUCGACGGACCCAACUGUACGGACCGCUGCAGCGCGCUGGACAAGCCGAGGAUGUGCAAGUGUCGCUCUCGCGAGGAGUGCUCGCAAACGGGCGACUGCUGCGCCGACCGCUUCAUCGGGGAAGUUCCCAGGCCGAGGAUCGCCUGCGUUCCCGCCGUUUCCUACCGGGAACUGACGGCCGUCGUCCGCUGUCCCGAGACGUGGACACCGGCCGACGAGAGAGACAACGAGACGAAAGCGCGAUGCGAGAGUGCGAACCCACGCCGCUUCAACCUCACGUACCUGGACGACCUGCCGGUGCUGAGCCGCCUCACCUGGACACUGUACAGGAACGUGUACUGCGCCUCCUGCAACGGCGACACCAGAGACCUGCGCAGCUGGACGCUCGUCGUCCAAUGCACUCCCAAUGAAGUGUCUGAGGCUCUUCAAAACGGUACUGCCACCGUAACAGGGUACAGCUGGCAAAUGCGCAAGAUGACCGUCCGGCGGCAAGGCGUCCCCGACGAAAGCCCUAGCUGCACGGUGGCGAUCAAGGAAUUAUUGAACAAGACGGACGAACACAUUAUCCGCGAUCUGAAAGUGACUCCGUGUAGACAGAUUUCUCUGGUCAAGACUUGUCCCAAUAGCUACAACAAUGCGGAAGUAAUACACAAGUGCCGCAGCUACACGAGCGUGCUGGAGGACCGCGCCAACUUGCGCAUGUACAAAAACCUGCACUGCGCCAUCUGCAAUAAGCGAAAUCCAAAGAAGCUGAGCUGCACCUUCGAGGCACAGCUGGCACCACCGCUCCGGGACUAUUCGGGCGCCUCCUAUGCCGUUGUCAUGGACUUCAGCAACUGGCAGGCCUCAGUCUUGUCGGCGGCACCCACGAAAAACGUCUGCGGCCGCGACGAGAUUCACGAACCGUUGUCCAACCGCUGCGUGCGAUCUGCCUGCCCGGCGGACGUGUGCGUCCGCCGCGACGACUGCCAGUGGACUCGCCUCCGUCGCGAACAAGUCGUCGUGCGCGACGACUCGACCCUCCUUCCGAACCCCGACUCCGAAGAGGAGCUGAAUCCCGACCGCUGGCACAUGGACGGGCCAGACACCGUGAUGGCCUGUAUGUCUCUUGCGCAGGCGGGCAGUAACGCGGCGCUCAGGCCACAAGGCUUCGAGAACGUUUUGUCCACCGUCUUGCUUUUGCUCUCAGUGUUGUGUCUCGUGCUUCACGUGGCUGCGUACGCGCUGGUUCCAAAACUUCGAACCGGUCCUUCCAGGCUGGUGCUGUGCCUCGCGAUCUCCGUACUCUUGGCGCAGGGCAGCUUCGUGGCCGGCGGAAUGUUCCUCGAUUCCGGCUCGGUGUUGUGCAGUGCGUUCGCCGUGGUGUCCCACGGCGCCCAUCUUGCCGCUUUCUUCUGGAUGAACGUGAUGGCGAUGGACGUGCAACGAACGUUUCGCAAAGGCAUGAGCGGUAGUUCGCGCGCCACCAGCCGCUUCUGGUCGUACUCGGUGUACGCGUGGCUCGCUCCGGCGAUCCUCGUUGCGGCGGCGUCGACGCUGCAGUAUCUCAAGCCGGAGUCCGCGUGGAGCCCUUCGUACGGCCUGCCCUACUGCUGGAUCAAUCGGCCGCUCAGCUUGAUUGCAUUUUUCGGGGCACCCGUGCUCGUGUUGCUGCUCGCCAACACCACGUUUUUUCUUCUGACGGCGCGUAGUAUACACCUCACUACUAAACAGACCAAGGUGGCCAGACGAUCAGCGUCCACAGGAGAAGCCAGCGGUGAGCAGGGCCGUCUGGCGCUGUACGUCAAGCUGGCCGUGGUGUUCGGACUGACGUGGGUGUUCGGCUUCGCGGCGGCCUUGACCGGAGUGCAAGCCUUGUGGUACCCCUUCAUCGUGUUAUGCUGCCUUCAAGGAGCAUUUAUCUUUCUCGCGUUCACCUUCAAGAGGAGCGUUCUGCGAAUGGUGCGCGACCGGCUGUGUGGCAGUGAGUUCGAUCGCCGGCGUCGUCCACGCAGCACUUCGACCACGUUGACAGCGCUGCACUCCACACUGUCCGCUUCGUCAUCGGCACUCGCAUCGGUCGCCACCGGCAGGGCGAUGCCGGCGCAGACAGCAAGCCCCAAGGGUGUCCAGAAGCCGUUGCUGCGCCGCACGUAGCUCAUAGGCACUUCUCGCGCAUAGUCGCGCAUAGACAUGCCAAACAUCUGUGCAUUGCGUCAAAGUACGUGGCACACAAGAUACUUGGAUCGCGGAAAUGAUACAUGAAGGCGAAGAAGACGCUUGCCAAAGAUGGAUGGCCAAACAUCAUCAGCGUGUCGGAACACCAUCACCGGCACGCCACUGCGCAGCCACCAUCGACGCUACGGCACUAGUGCGGACUUCCUCCACGAGCGAGUGCUGUUUUGAAAACGAUGGAAUCGUGACUUGAUAAAUAAAACGCGCGACAUCAAAUUGUCGUGCACUGCUAGUGCAUGGCUUCCGGGAUUAUGCGUUGUCAAAUCGCCAUAACCAGACCAUCGGCCCCCCGCAGUGUGUGUAGCUGCCAACACGCCAGCUAUCUAUUGGGCGUUCCAUCAGACAAUCCCCCCGCUUUUGUGCGCUUCGAUAAUCGUUUUAUAUCGGGCAUUACCUUUAUAUGCAUAAAUUUAAGCACAAUCUAGCAGGAUGACGUUGCAGAUUCAUACAGUCGACUUCGCCGGAAACCUUAGCUUUAUGGCGACCGGGACUGCGUGCACUGUCUCUCGCGUCCCACCUAAGCCACACGCGCAAGGCCGCCGUAAAGGAACAAAAACUUAGGAAGAGGACUUCAGUA